AUGUCGUCCAGGCAGGCGGACAAGCGAGAGACGCGUGCGGAGGCCGCCGCGCGGAGCGCGGCGGAGGAGAUCGCUCGGUCCCGGGACGAGCGCGUGAUGCAGGCGGAGAAGGACGCCCUGCGCGCCGCGGACGAGAUCGCGCGCGCCCGUGCGGAACGGGAGCACGGCGUUGGUGCCCACGCCGACAACACUCACGGUGCCGGCGCCGGAGGUGGCGGCAUCCUGGGGUCCAUCGCGAGCGCGGUGGGCCGCACGUUCGGCGCCGCCAAGGACACGACGGCGGAGAAGACGUACCAGGCGGCGGACUACACCGGCGAGAAGGCCAGGGAGACCAACGACAGCCUCGCGCGGAAGACGAGCGAGACGGCGGAGGCGACCAAGAACAAGCUGGGCGAGUACAAGGACUACACCGCCGAGAAGGCGACGGAGGCCAAGGAGACGGUGGCGCAGAAGACGAGCGAGACCGCCGAGGCGACCAAGAACAAGCUCGGGGAGUACAAGGACGCGCUGGCCGGGAAGACGCAGGAGGCCAAGGAAACCACCGCGCAGAAGGCGCAGGAGAUGAAGGACGCCACCGCCCAGAAGGCGAGGCAGGCAACGGAUACGACCAAGCAGAAGACCAGCGAGUACGCCGACGCCACCAAGGGGACCGCCCAGGAGGCCAGGGAGAGGACCAUGGCGACCUCGCAGACCGCCGCCGACAAGGCCAGGGAGACGACCGGCGCCCACGACGUCGACAGGGGUCAGCAGCAGGGAACCGGCCUGUUCGGGGCGCUGGGCAACAUGACGGGCGCGAUCAAGGAGAAGCUGACGCUGAGCUCGGGAGCGCAGCCGCACGAGGGAGCGGGGCACGCCGUCCGGCUGGGCAGCGACGACGAGCGCGCGGUGAAGGAGCGCGCGGCGGAGAAGGCGGCGUCGGUGUACUUCGAGGAGAAGGACCGGCUGGCCAGGGAGCGCGCGACGGAGCGGGUGGACAAGUGCGUGGAGAAGUGCGUGGAGGGCUGCGCCGGCUCCUCCUGCGCCCACCGCAAGGGGAAGAUGUGA